UAGGCAAUUGUGGAUAGCAAUUGCCAGCAGCUAUCGUAGCAUGACAGAGAGGGAUAAAAUGUUCGACUGUGCUGUACCAUUAUAGUCAGACAUGAUAGGUAGAAGAGAAUCCUGUGCUUCAGGGCAGAUACCUAUGGCGUACCUAAGCUGCCUUGCUUACAUGCUGGAGGAAUGGACUGGUGUGGAGUACCUGGAGAAAUAUUUUCUUCAUGUGGUCAUCUUCUCACUGAUGAUGAGUGCAAUACUAGUUUUUUUUAUAGUCCCUUUAACAAUCCUCUUUUUCAUUUACCUUACUAAUGUUUUGCUUUUAAUAUAUCAGAGGAACAGUGAGGUAAAAGCAGAUCCCUUGAGUGAUGUUUGGGAUAAUGCAAGAAAAACUGUGGCAAGCUUCUGGGAUACGUAUGCAAGAAUAUGGCAUGGUUAUGAGCUUCAUGGUGUAGAAAACCUACCAGAAGGACCAGGCAUUCUUGUAUAUUACCAUGGAGCCAUUCCUAUAGACUACCUCUACUUUUUAUCUAGGCUGUUUCUUUGGAAAAAAAGACUUUGUCUGUCAGUAGCUGACCAUUUUGUCUUUCGUUUACCAGGACUUAAAUUAUUAUUGGAAGUGACUGGUAUUAUGCCAGGUACAAGGGAGGAGUGUCUCAGUGCACUGAAGAAUGGACACUUGGUAUCUAUCUCACCUGGUGGGGUUAGAGAAGCACUAUUCAGUGAUGAAAGUUACCAGCUCAUGUGGGGAAACCGGAAAGGUUUUGCUCAAGUGGCUAUAGAUGCAAAAGUGCCCAUCAUUCCAAUGUAUACUCAAAAUGUCCGGGAAGGAUAUAGGAUGUUUAAAGAAAGAAGAUUUUUAAGACACUUGUAUGAAAGUACUAGACUGCCAAUUACUCCACCAUACGGAGGAAUUCCAGUUAAAUUACGCACAUAUAUUGGGGAGCCAAUUCCUUAUGAUCCAAAUAUAACUACUGAGGAAUUAGUUGAAAAGACAAAGACUGCAGUCCAGGCUCUAAUAGACAAACACCAAACAAUCCCAGGCAGCAUAUGGAAGGCCUUAUUGGACCGAUUCGAUAAACAGCAGAAAAGUGAUUAG